ACCAUUCGGAUAUUGCCAGCAAAAUCUGGUUACACGAAGGCAUAUUGAGUCAUUCUGCAAUUCAAAUGAGGGGGAAAAAAAUGAACCCCUCGGGGAAGGCUGACUCAAUCCGAAGCGUUACCUCUGAUCUCUCUCCACUGAUGCUGUUGGACCCGCCGAGCUUUUCCAGCAAUUUCCGUUUUUUGCCAUGACAUCUUUCUUGCGACGCAGACGGCCCACGGGAUAGGAGAAGAUGUGUUUAUUUUUGGAGUUGACUGUGUGAUCCCGGCGGCGGGCGUCUAGCUGGGGAUUCGCUGUCUGGAAAGGUGAGCUGUGAUUGAGGGAGUGCUGCUGCUGCUGCCGGGUCUCUUGGCAGAGAGAGCGCGUGCCGCGCCGGUGGAACGUUGUGUUACUGAUGGAACGUUGUGUUGCUGAUGGUAUCGUGUCUCAACGUUCUAACCUGGAACGCCGUGUCUGGGGGCAUUGUGUGCGAGCCAGGCCCGAGCGGCUUCUCUCUCUCUCUCUCUCUCUCUGCUGCAAGCCUUGUGCUGCGUCUCUUUCAAAUUUCCUCGAUGUAUUUUUCCAUUUGCCAUUUUCACUCUCCCAUAUUCAGAAACGUAUGUGCGUUAUAACCCUGUAAACGAUGUUUUGCUUUGUUGCUGUGGCAAGUUGGGCGCGUGCUGCUCUCUCCGUUCCCCCCCCCCCAACAAGAAAGACCGCCUUUAAAUUGCUGGAGCAGACUGAUGCAAUCUCCUUUCUCCUUCACUUGAACCCUCUCUCAUAUGUUGGAUUGCUUCGAGCCAAUUCUUAAAUUCCGUGAUCUGCCACCGAGCAGCAGGAACUACCACGUGCUUCAGUGCGCCGGUCAAGGGGAGUAUAAAAUUUCUCGCCCGAAAGCCGCAGGUUAUAAGAGGACUGUCUGCCUUGUUGAUUGUUUGAGAGGGUGGAGAGAAUCGGCUACAGAAAGGUACAGAAUUGUCCUUUGGUUAUUUUUCGAAUGGCUGACUGCUUGAAAAACACACGUACCACCUACUCUGGUGAACUUCAUUGAGCUGCUUCAUCCAAUUCACUGAGCACGUCGAGAGGGCACUCGAGUCAUCUUCGAACGGCAGUGGGUCACACGCGGCGUCUUUGCUGGCCAAGUCGUUUGCCAGAUUCCUAAGGCAUGCCUCCAGUUUGGACGUAGUUUUCUGAUAAUGUAAGGUGAAUCGAUCCACCUUUUCACUGUGACAGCAUGGAGAUUGAUGCUAAGAAAUCUGCUGGUGAUUCCUUGAGACUUAAGAAGGAUAUCUCCUUGUUGCAUGGCAUUUGCCUGAUCGUUGGAAAUAUGAUUGGAUCUGGCAUCUUUGUUUCUCCCAAAGGAGUCCUAAUAUUCAGUGGUUCCUAUGGCCUAUCAUUGAUUAUCUGGGCAAUGGGAGGAGUAUUUUCUGUCUUUGGAGCACUCUGCUAUGCAGAACUUGGAACAACUAUAAAGAAAUCUGGAGCAAGCUAUGCCUACAUUCUGGAGUCGUUUGGAGGUUUUCUGGCAUUUCUGCGUCUCUGGACAUCUCUACUGAUUGUUGAGCCAGCAUGCCAAGCUGUCAUCGCCAUCACAUUUGCCAAUUAUCUGAUUCAGCCCUUUUUCCCAACUUGUGAUCCACCUUAUUCUGCUGUCCGAUUAUUGGCUGCCUUUUGCAUAGGUAUGCUGACACUGGUGAAUUGUGCCAAGGUGAAGUGGGGAGCUACAGUACAGGUGGUGUCCACCUUUGCUAAAGUGGUUGCCUUGAUCAUCAUUAUCAUAGCUGGGUUGGUGCAGCUUUGCCGAGGAGAAACGGAUAAAUUCCAAAACUCCUUUCAAGGUUCCAAAUUAAAUGGUGGUGAGAUGGCUCUAGCUCUGUAUUCAGCAUUAUAUUCUUAUUCUGGCUGGGACACACUUAAUUUUGUGACUGAAGAGAUCCAAAACCCUGAGAGGAAUCUACCGUUAGCCAUUGCCAUUUCUAUGCCUCUUGUAACUGGUAUCUACAUCCUAACAAAUGUGGCUUAUUAUGCUGUCCUGGAUAUUCCCACCAUCCUCCACAGUGAUGCUGUGGCUGUGACCUUUGCAGAUCAAGUUCUGGGUUAUGUAAAAUGGCUCAUACCAUUGUCGGUGGCAAUAUCCUGUUACGGUGGCCUCAAUUCGUCCAUCAUUGCAUCUUCCAGGCUUUACUUUGUCGCGUCACGUGAAGGUCAUCUCCCCAGUGUUCUGUGUAUGAUCCAUGUUCUAAAGUACACCCCGAUUCCAGCCCUGUGUUUUAAUGGAGGAAUGGCUUUAAUCUUUCUCUGCGUGGAAGAUAUUUACAACCUUAUUAAUUACUUCAGUUUUAACUAUUGGCUCUUUAUUGGCCUAUCAGUUGCAAGUCAGAUUUAUCUGAGGUGGAAGUUUCCAGAUCUACCAAGACCUGUAAAGCUCAGCUUGUUUUUUCCCAUUGUGUACUGCUUGUGCAGCUUGUUUCUCGUGCUGAUGCCCCUCUACAGUGACACCAUUAAUUCCCUAAUUGGGAUUGCAGUUGCACUCUCAGGAGCUCCAGUUUACUUUCUCUGCGUGUACCUGCCCAUUGAUAAACGACCCAAGUGCCUUGAAAAACUAUUACGUAUCUUCUCUUUGCAAGUUCAGAAGUUGACCAUGUGUUGUCUAACCGAAAAUGAAUUUAAAGAUGACAAGGAAUCUUAACCAAAAUCUAUUGAAAACUGUUCCACAUACUUGGUACUAGGCAUGGUUUGUACAGAUACCCAAUUUUUCUGUUGUUAAACCAAUGUGACUCAUGACUUGAAUCUAGCAUACUUUAAAUUUGACAAUCAAAAUAUUACAUCUCGUGAUUGGACUAUUUAUCUGGUAUUAAUUAUUUUGGAAAACUGCUUUUUCCUUUUUUUUUAUGGAAGUAAAUAACAGAAUUAUUAUAAAUAAUGGUGCUUUCAUUUUGGACUGUGUAUUUUCUCCUGCAAUGGAGUCUGUUGACUUUGGUCACUUGCUGUUGGGUUUAAUGAUGGUGUAAGUCCUGGAGUUGUAUGAAAGCUACUUUUGGAGCAAUACAAUGGUGGAAAGCCACAGCAAAGCUGGGAGUACAGAUUCAUUGGUGUGCAGAAUUGUCUAUUGGCAGCAGGAAACUCUGGAUUAAUUCCCUUUCCUUCCUAAAAAUUUCACCCCUUGACUUGGAGAAGGCAUUUUUCCUUCUGCCCAUUUUAGGACACUCUCCAUAACUCACAAUAAUAGUGGCCCAACACUUGGGCACUUACAGCAACAUGAAGAUUGCCAUUUAAAAUGAUUUAUAUUGAAUGUCUUAUUUUGUUAUAAAAUGAAGAAUACCUUAUACAAUUUUCCUCAUUUGUUUUAACAAAUGAGCCUGUCAUUCAUAAAAUUCUGAAUCUAUUCAGUCUGGGCUUAUCCAGAAUAUGGACGCAGCCUAGUUCUGGAAAAUUUUGUUUUGAUAAGUACGUGUGAUAGAAGAUGCUUCAACAGUUUGUCGUAGAACAAUGCUGUGAAAUAUGAAGCAAGAACUCAAUUAAAACAGCCAAGGGAAAAGGUUCAAAGUGCAGAGCAUCAGAUUUGCACAAAUAUUUGCCCAGUUAAUACAUUCCAAUAAAGAAGGGGAUUAUAUGGAUUAGUCAAGGGUAGUUGGUUAGAGGAAAAUGAGAAAUGUUUACAAUGAGGAAAUGCAGUUUUUACAUAGACUUAAAUAUUUUAAAAUGGCAACUCAUCAAGUGACAAUCACUGCCUGAUCCCGUUCUCACCUACUGCCUACUCAGAUGCAAAUCCAGCAGAAGUCACAGGAGAUUGAUCAGGUCAAGGAGACUUGGUGGUCUUUCCCUUUCCUUGGCACAAGGGCCACUGGGGUACAUCACAGUUACAACCCCAUUGAAAACAACAAAUGUAGCACUGUGACUGAACUUACUUUUCUAAGAUAAUCAAAAAAAAGGGGAAAGUAUUUAUAACAUCCUGUUUAAGGAUUGGUAGGACCUGUAUUUGUGUAGGGCCUGAAAUAUUUUUGUUAAUUACAGUUACUGGUUUAUGAGGCUCUCAGGAAUGUUACAAUUGCAGCACUCUAGAUCAUAAACACUAGGGAAGAUCACAACACUACAACACCUGAAAUAAGGUGGGUUUCAAAAGAGAAGUUCUAUUAUGUAAUUGCUCAACAAUUUAAUAUUCAGCAUUUAAACCGUUUACAGAUCUACUUGUAUCUAUUCCGUGACAGGUACUAGGGUAGUGUCACUUGUAGUGAAUUAUUCUGUUGUUUGGAGAGCUGUGUAUUAGGAGCACAGGUCACUAUUCAACACCACCUGUACAGUAGAGCCACUCCUAACAUCCAAUUCCUUACUGUCUGAUCAAUCUGUGUUACAACCUCUUGACCCCCAGCUCCCUCCAAUCUACUUCAGUAUAGUUUUGAUGCAAAUCGAUUUAUUGAACUUGUGACACAUAUUUGGUUCCUUUUUGUAUAUCUUGGCCAAGUUUAUUCUCCAUUUCAUUUACCAAGAUUGGUAAUGCAUUGUUUAAAUAUGUAUUUUCUAUUAAUCCAUUGAGAGGUGACUUUGAUUUCUCAUCCCAUCACUCCAAAACUCAUAACUGUGUGUGUAGGUGGGGACAUUUAAGUGUGAAUUCCGUGUGUUAAUGCCUGAUUUGCAAAUCUCUUUUCUAGUGUCUUGAGCUAUUUCAAUUCGGUCACACAUUCGGCUGGGUAUAUUAUGUAACCCAUAAACUAAAUGUUUCAGACUGUUCACUAUUUGAUUCAUGAGGUAUUAGAGAUUCUGUUUUCGUUUACAGACAACAUUUCAAAUACAAAUGGUUUCCAUUUUCUAUCCCUUUGCUCUAUCUGUCCCUUUAAGUUUAAAGUGUGAACUAAUAGUACUGAUGCGUUUUGUAUUGUAAUGCGUUUAUUUUACUAAAAUUGUUUCAGAUUCCAGGGAAGCCAGACAAGAAUAUUGUUGGCUGUUAAUGAUCUUAAGAACUUACUGCUAGUUUUUACUAUGUAAUUGUAUUUUCAUGUAGGUUUAUGUGAUUGCAGUUUUUUU